AUGAUGGAUUACGGAACAUAUUUUCAACAGCAAGAUUCAAAUACCAAUUCUGGUGGAAAUAAUUCGAGUAACAAUUCAUCUGUAGCCUCCAGUACAAUUGCUUCAUUCAAUUUAGCUUUUGGAAAUUCAAAUGGUACUAAUGUAUCUGGUGGUGGAGUAAAUUCUCAUAUGAAUCCUUAUACAUCUAUUCAUCAACAAGCAAGUAAUCAAAUUUAUGAACAAUAUAAUAAUGCUUAUACUCAACUUGCUGCAAUGGGUCAAGCAAGAGGAAUUCAAAAUAUGUCAAAUCAUGGAACAACUAACUCAUCAUCUUCCUCAUUAUCAAUUUCUAAUGGUAGUGGAUAUAAUAAGGCACAUGAUUCACUUCAAGCAUUCUUUAAUACAGGAUUACCAUAUAAAUUAUAUCCUAAUUCAAAUGCAUUAUUACCAUCUGCACAUAGUGAUAAUACUUUACGUGUUGCAACUAAUGCUACAAAUACAUCCUUAAUUCCAUCAUUUCCUAAUGGAGCAUCAUUAGUUGGUAGUUUAUGUACGUCAACAUCAACCUUCAAUCCAAGUGAAAGAAGAAAACAACGUAGAAUAAGAACAACAUUUACCAGUAGUCAAUUACGUGAAUUAGAGAGAGCAUUUGCAGAGACACACUAUCCUGAUAUUUAUACAAGAGAAGAAAUAGCAAUGAGAACUGACUUAACAGAAGCACGAGUUCAAGUUUGGUUUCAAAAUAGAAGAGCUAAAUAUAGAAAAUGUGAAAAAAUGAGAAUAAAACCAAAGGAUGAAAAUGACAAUUGUAGAACAAUUGAAGAAAAUACAUCGUAA